AAUCCACUCGAUUCCAAUGCCUUGAAGAGAUUGGGCCGGAACGCUGCUCUCUCAUUGGCCCUCGUCUCCUCCGCCGUUCGGCGUCUCAGUCACUUCACCGCGUGAUGGAUCGUGGGGUUUCGGCGGCUGCUUCGACUGAAGUGGUUUUGGGGAGUGAUUACAAUGCAAAAGCUUUCUUCAGGAAUCAUGGAGUUAGCCAAGUAAUGGCUCCUCAUUCAAAUCUAGUGCCUCUAUUGGUUGGAUCUCAAAGCCAUUAUGGAGAUCCUUUUGGCCAGCUGAAACCUCUAUAUGUCAACUAUGUCAAUGGGGAUGAUCAUGUUAUAGAUCCGAGGCAAGAAAUCCCAGAUAAAGGGUGGAAUUGCAUACCCAAGUUGUCUAUAUUUCCAGGCCCCAACGAUAUUUGGAAGGAGCAGAAGAUUCAGCACCAAUUUAUGCCCUUGUAUCUACAGUCAUCACUAAUGGAUAAUCCUGGUGCUUUGGAACAGGUUUGUGCUAGCUAUGGUUUAUAUGCAACUUAUGAACCUCAAGCAAUGGACGGGCGUGUGCUUUUACCAAUGGAGAUGACGACCGAAGCACCAAUCUAUGUGAAUGCAAAGCAGUUCCACGCAAUUCUCCGUCGCCGCAAGGCUCGUGCCAAGGCAGAUAAAGAGAAGAUCGGUAAAACUAGGAAGCCAUAUUUGCACGAGUCACGCCAUCUCCACGCCAUGCGAAGAGUCCGAGGCUGUAGUGGUCGUUUCGUGAACACCAAAAAGGAAUGCACACCAUCUCCUUCUGCGGCAUUUAUAAGCUCUGAGAGCGCUAAUCUGAACUCCGCAAUCGGGGGGUCAUCAAGCGCAUCAGGGUGUGAAGUCUCAAGCGUGUGCACGCAGGAACUGAUAGAUCAUGACAACCUUCUUGCUCGGCGUCUGCAUCCGUCUCAUCUCCAUUCCCAUCUCAGUAUGACGAAUGGAGAACAAAGUGACAUCUACGGCAAAUGGGGUGCAGCAGCAGCAGGAACAGCAGAUGAUGGUUGCUGCGAUCUCCUCAAAGUCUGAAGAGACAUGCAGCGGAGGGUGAUCAAGAAGUGGCAGCACGGCUUGUCGACUACCCUCCACAACUCUGGACAACCAAAUGGAAAGCAUCAUUCACAUGGUUGUUCUAGGCAAUUCAUUCUUGGCUUUUUCUGCAUCGGGGACUUCAAGAUCAUCUGCAUCGGCACAGAAGUGAUGGAAAUCCUCUAUGCAUUAUUGUAUGAAAGAACUACUGCCUUAUUAUGGACCUGAACUACUGCUACUUGAACUGCUUUAUGGACUAAAUUGUGCUGAUGGAGCUUGUUUGUUUGAAAUUUGAUUUUACAUUGCACUUGAAUGCAUUCUAAAA